UUUUACUUCCGGAAGCAUUAGGUUUAUAAACAUAAUCUUAUGUGCGACUGUCACAAGCUGACGUAUAAUGACGUUUUUAAUUAAUACUAGCUUAAAAUUACUUAACUGUGUUAAAAACGGAAACAUACAUCAUUUUUAUUGUGACUUGUGCUUCAGGAAAAUUGUCUUCAGACUAUUCUGAGGCUGCACAAGAGUGAAGAAACUCAAGAGAAGAUGCCAGCUAGAAACACUAUAAACAGUGGAGUCAGAUACUCCAAACUAGCCCGUGAUGAUGAUGGAUACAUUGAUCUCCAGUUUAAGAAAAGUCCUCCUAAAGUCCCUUAUAAAGCGAUCGCCCUGGCAACAGGUCUCUUCCUCAUUGGCUCCAUUCUGAUCAUCAUCGGAUCCCUCCUGUUAGCAGGAUACUUUGAAAUUAAUGAUCACCGUGAUCGCACCAUCCCAGUCCUGAUUAUUGGAAUCCUAGUCUUUCUUCCUGGGUUUUACCACCUGCGCAUCGCCUAUUAUGCCUCCAAGGGUUACCGCGGUUAUUCCUAUGAUGACAUCCCUGAUUUUGAUGACUGAGCGGCGGGGACGGGCUGAUCUAACAGAGCUUUGAACCUGGUUUUCCUGCAGCGAGCCAGAACUGCACCGCCGCUGAUGUCUGCCACGUCAAAAUGACUUGACAGACUCAUUUUUUUAAACAUUUUCAUAGACUGAGAAGGUGAUUUGAAUUCAUGAACUAGUAUGCUUACUUAGGUUUCAUGUAAUGAAAAUCACUUUAUCAUGAAUUUAAUGCCAUUAUUUGUAAUGCAAACAGGUUGCAGUUCAGUUGUUAUGUUAGUAUGUAUUGAGUUACAGGUUGUUGCAACAAGCAAAGCCUGAGGCAAGAAAAACUACUCAAAACAUGCCACAUGCUGUUUUAUAUUUUGCAGCUCUUUUGAUGGAUUGCACUAGGGUUCAAAUCUGUCAUGAAUGAUGUGAUUUUUUAAUAUCUUUUUGAGGAACACAUUAACAUUAGUUCUUGAAGUUAAAAACAAAAGGGUUUAAUAUUUAAAUUUAAAUACAUUUAUGUAUGAUGUGAAUAAAGCACCAUUGCAAAGUUUCCAUCUUUAAUGUCAUGCAACUGGAUUUAACUUAUUUUCAUUGAUGUGAUUUUAUUGCCAUUACAGAGGAUGCUUUAUGAAUAAAUAACUUGUUUUCAAAUGAAGACUGACGGUUAUCAGGAUUGCACUUAGAAAGGCUCUCAGGUAAUUAGGAAAGAAGGUGAACCCUGAUAAUGAAAUUACAUUUACUGUAGUUUUUGAUGCUCAACUUGCGCCCCCGUGUGGAUCAUAAGUCAAGUCAAGUCACUUAUUUG